AUGCCAAGCAAUUCAAGUUGGCCGUUAACGCAAGCGAUUGGGGCUGUACAGUUACAAGAUGACAACACUGGAAUUGACAAACCAAUAGGGUAUUUUUCACGGAAGCUGAAUGUACAAGAGGAACAAGAGGUUAUGCAUCAGUUUUACAGGGAAUUGGCUCAAAAUGAAGCUGAGCAGACGUUCAUGGUGGAAGUCCUGUCGGGCUGUUUAAAUUACAGACCAUUGCUUGAUGUGGUAGUAUCUGAAUUUUAUAUGCGAGACGGAAGGAGCUUCUUGCGGUCAGAAUGCAACCUCUAUAUGGUUAUAUGUUAUCUUGCUACUUUUCGACUGAAAGAGCUGGGCCUGAAACACUUCAUCAAGAUUAUCAACUCACAGCCUGUGAACAAAAUGCACCAAUUCCUUAGAUUCUUCUUUGAUAGCUUGAACCUCACUACAUGGAUCAAGGAUGAAUGGUGCCAAAUAUAUGACAUAGCAUAUGUAAAUCAGAAGCUGAUUGAUCCUCUGCUGAGAUGGCAACCAGAUAUCAACAACCACAUUGAUCACUUAGCCAACAUACUGGCUAAUAAGAUUUCCAAGAAAAAGGAGAGCCAACCUGUAACAGUACCAAAGGAAUUUAACCUCACCAAGCCUAAACCACAAUCCAUUCCAAUACCUGAGGAAAUUCCUCUGCUGCAAGUACAGAUAAAGAUUCCCAGAAGUACCUUUGAGCCUCCCAAAGAGAAGCAACUGCUGGAAACAUGUAAAAGGAAAAAUCACCGCAGAGCAGAGGAGCACCUCAUGGAAGCCAACAUUGACUCGUUCCGAUGUGCCAUGACACGGGAGUCCAACUAUAAAAGGCGAGUUUUGUCUGAAAUUAUGAAGGAGGAAGAGGCCAAGAUGAAACACAAAGUUCGAAAAGCACGACCAAUUCCUGCACAGAUGAUGGAAAAUAUUCCAAUAAAAUUGAACACAGCAGCCAUCCUGAGGGAGAACGUUCUCUACGAGCGCAGAGUGAAAGAAGAACUGCAAAGAAUUGAUCAUCUAAUAGAAGCAGGUUAUGAUCCCUCCAAAUUUGAAAACUUGCUGAAGAAAAAGGAUGAAGAGUUGAUGGAACAACAGCUGGCAGAGGUUCAACGCCGUUAUCUUGAAGGAAAGAUCCUCUUAGAGGAUGCAAUUCUGGCACGGGAAGCAAGAAUCGAGGAGAACAGGAGGAAAGCAGCUCUGCAGAAAGAGGAGACAGCAGAAAUGAUGCAGAAAUAUACAGAGAAGAGACUACGGGAAGAGAAGGAGGCAAAGGAACUGGUGGAGCGGAUGAUAAAAGAACGUCACAACACAAAGCAGCAAAAAUUGAAAAUGCAGGAAGAUAAACAGAAGAUGGCUAAGGAGUUGAAUAAGGAAACAGAAGAAAUGCUUCAGCAGGCCUUGGAGAAGGUCAAUGAAGAAAUUAGGAAAAAGUCAGAGCUGAUCCGUGAAAUUCGGGCAAUGCAAAUGGCGCCAACGUUUAAACACAAAUUUCUGGAUUUAGCCAAACCAGCUGGUCAUAACCUUUUGAACGAGAUGUCAAUAGUAGAGUUACGAGAACGCUUGGGACUGCUGAAGGAGGCACAGAUUAAGGCAGAAGAAGAUAAGCGAGACCGGAUCCUGAAUGAAAAGCAAGCAAAGGAGCAGCUUCUUUUGGAUAAAUUGCAGCAGAUCUCGCUGCACAGAGAAGCUUUGAGCAAGAAAGCGGUCCUCAGACAUAGGGAAGAGGAAUUGAAAAAGUUUAAAUCAUCCAACUUGCUGAUAAACAACCAGCAGUUGGCUGAGCUCCAAGAGAAGCUAGAAGAAAAGAGAAAGGAGCAUCAUAAACUCAACAAAAUACGAAAAAUGAAGACUCGAGGCAACAUAGAAAGAGGUCUGGGAAGCUCAGAAGCAGCCAGGAAAUCAAAGGAAAUACGCUGGUGGAAGAACAUGGAAGACAGCCGUGAAAACAAGGUCCAGCUGCUUAAACUUUGUAGCAUAGCCGCUAACGUGACUCAGAAAGCAUCCUAAUACAGUGCUGCUUAGUGGAGUGGGUGGUGUAUCAUGACAUACUGAGGGCAUUUUCCCAAAAACCACUCCAAACUAAAUCUGCAGUUUAAUUAGUAAUUAUAGUAUAUUCAUUGUUACAAAAACACCAUGUAAUAAUGUUCCUAAUAAAUAUGUAAUUUUAGUUUA